GACGAUGAUGGAAAAAUGGCGACUAAAACAAGCAAAGAGAGCGCUCCUCCUUUCGAUUGUCCAUCGUGGGCGGGGAAGCCACCUGCUGGGCUCCAUCUAGACGUGAUGAAGGGAGACAAACUUGUCGAGAAACUGAUCAUAGAUGAAAAGAAGUAUUAUCUAUUUGGGAGGAAUCCAGAUUGGUGCGACUUCACCAUUGACCAUCAGUCUUGUUCCCGUGUCCACUCAGCCCUGGUUUAUCAUAAACACCUAAAAAGAGUCUUCCUCAUAGAUCUCAACAGCACACACGGGACUUUUCUUGGCCGGAUCCGUUUAGAAGCUCACAAGCCACAGCAGGUUCCUAUAGACUCCACAAUCUCCUUCGGUGCCUCUACACGGACCUACACCAUCAGAGAAAAGCCUCAAACACAAGGUGCUGCUGGCACCGGAGAGAACAAGGCCGGAGAUGACGACGACCUGAAGGGACUGCUGGGGCUUCCUGAGGAGGAGACGGAGCUGAACAACCUGACAGAAUUCAACACGGCUCACAACAAACGCAUCUCCCUGCUAACCAUUGAGGAGGGAAACUUGGAGAUCCAGAGACCAAAGAGGAAACGAAGAAAUUCCAGAGUCACUUUCAAUGAGGAGGAUUCCAUCAUCAAUCCAGAGGAUAUUGACCCGUCUGUUGGGCGAUUUAGAAACAUGGUACAGACGGCUGUCAUUCCCAUGAAGCAGAAGCGGAGAUCCGACGGCCACAACACUUUGGGUCUGGACGACAUGAUGUCCAAGCGCGUGCAUGGCUACGGUUACAGUGGAGGUCUGUAUGGAGACUUGCCUCCCACCAGUCAUGAGAACCAGCCCACUGGGGCCCCAGGAGGGGCCUCCAUGCAGGGCGGGCUUCCUCUGCCUUUCCCCAACCCGGCCCCGGAGGUGGACCUGGCACCAGAAGCUCCUCAACCCCCCGUCACCCUCAACCCGACUCCCGUCACCGCCCCGUAUUUACCGGAGAACCACAACGAGCCUCGGAAAAAGAAAUACGCCAAAGAGGCGUGGCCCGGGAAGAAGCCCACGCCCUCACUACUCAUCUGACCUGGUUGUCCAAACUGCUGACUCAGGUUUCCAUCAGGGACUGUGGCCUGGCAGAGGUGGAGACACUGCAGUGUUUUUUAAAUUAGUUUUUGCUUGUUUGUUACUCAUAUUUACCACCGCGUCAUCUUCUGUCCUUUGUAUUGACGAAUCCAAACGUUAUUGUCCGUUUAAAAAAAAAAGGUUCCCAAAUUGUUGCUCACACACAUCUGGCAAUUGUUUUUUAAACGUUUUCCACAAACGCUUUUGUUUUCUAUUAAAUGCGUGUUAUUCUGUACCAAAUGAAGUUUGUGAAGUCAGAGUCAGCUGUGAGGGGUGUGUGGAAGCCUGAUGUGUCCACCUGUAGGAAUCCAUCAUUUUGUUAGGGGGGCGGGAAAUGUAGUUAGCAAAACAACAAAGUGACUUCCUGAAAUAACAAAAAUUUAAUUAUAGUUAUCAACUCUCCAUCCGGACUUAAAUUCUUAUAUAUAUAUAUAUAUAUAUAUAUAUAUAACUAUGUGGAGUAACUGUUUAGACGGAGAAGUUUCACAAUAUUCGAAUAGGAUUUUGGUUCAAACUCUUGUUUCCAGAUUUUUUAAUGCACCAUUAAUGCUAGACUGACUUUCACGAAAUGAGUGACCCACUUCUCCCAAGAGAAAACAAAGCGCUUCAGUUGCCACCAGGGGUCAUCAUAACCUCAUAAGGCUGAUCGUCCUUUGUAAUCGUCAUUUUUUGUGAUUUAAAAAAAACAACCUUUUUACGGGUUUGAAAUUAAGAAUGGACGAAGAAACAGCUCUAUAGUUUUAACUGAGAGCAUUUGCUGCAGUUGGAGCGAGACUUUUCGUGAGGCCACCGGCUUUUGUGGGUCUAUUCCACUUUGGUGACAUCAAUUCUGGUUGUAGUAUUGCAAACUUCUUGAGAUACAGUACUGACGUCGCAGUUCAAUAGCUGUUCCUGAGUUCUGUUGUCAGUUAGAUGGUUAAACAUGAGCUCUUCUCGAUAUGAUGGUCCUGUUGUUGUUCCUGAUCGGUGUACAGCUGUAAAUAAAAAUGGAUUACUUU